UGCUUCUAGAGAGCAGCCAAGGGACCCUCAGUGCUCAGAGGGAGGAGCAGUGCAGUCCUUUUGCCCUCCCACUGGCUUUAAGACCAGAGACAGACGGAAACACUCAGACUGCAGGCACACGUGGAGCAGAGACACACAGAGAGGGAGAAAGGACAGAGAGCACGAGAGAGUGAGGCGGCUGGCGCAGAGUCGUUUCUGGAAUUGAAACGGGCAAAUAUAGAAACGAAGGGCAAAGAAAGAAGCGAAGAGAAGCAAUGAGAGAAGAGACCAAUUUUUGCUUCAACAUGCAAGUAUAAACUGAUUUUUUUGUGAUAGCUGCAGGAGACACAGAUCUUUGGGAUGUGAAGUGCAUGUGAAUAGAUCCAGAAAGAACAAGAAGGACUGCAGCUGUCCAUGACCCGAGUGCUCUGAGGUCAAGUUGUCGUGACCUCUUUACCUGCUUUAGGAUCAACUUCAAUAAGGGGAGAUUACAAGUUGAGGCAAAUUAGACUCAGAAGGGAAGCAUCCGAUUCUCCUGGCUUAAUUUAUUUUGUGAAGAAGAGAAGUUUGGGGGGAAAUAGCUCUGGUGGACACCUUCAGCAGCCGUCAGCAUCAACCAGCUUCAGCCAACAAGCUUCAUCAGCUCAACCUUGCCUUGAGGAAGCCCCCGCAAGACUGACCAGCAACUGUCACGCUGUUGCGCCCAAGAUGACAUUCGCCAUGCUGCGCACGGCACCCCCCGCGGGCCGAUUCCUGUACGGCGACAUCGCCCUCCUCUCCGAAGACGAUGACGAGAACGGCAGCGAGGGCUCGGGCUCCGAGGAGCGUACCAGCAAUUCCUCCAACGCCGCCUUUCGCUUGUCCUCGUCUUCCCCAUCUGCCUUUCACAUCAAGGUGAACAGGAAGAGGAAGCUGUGCGGGGGAGGAGGUGGAGGGAUAGAAGUAGGGGCCAUGGCCGCGAGGCUGGUCCCCCCGGACUCAUCUCCACCUAAGGAAUAUCGCCAGAGGACCGCGGCCAACGCGCGGGAGAGAGAUCGCACCAAUUCUGUCAACACAGCAUUUACAGCGCUGCGCACACUCAUCCCCACCGAGCCUGCAGACAGGAAGUUGUCAAAGAUCGAGACGCUGCGUUUGGCCAGCAGCUACAUAAGCCAUCUGGGUAAUGUGCUGCUCCUGGGCGAAGGGCUUCACGACGGACAGCCCUGCCACGCUCCCUCACCGCCGUUUUUCCAUGUCAGCUCCUCCCCAACCCGAGGAUCCGACCAAUCAGCGCAGCCCAAGCACAUCUGUACCUUCUGCCUCAGCAACCAGAGGAAAAUGAAUAAAGACAGAGACAGGAAGACCGCCAUAAGGAGCUAACAACGAGGACACGAGCCACGUGGAUAAAAUGCUCAUCACUUGCUUACAGCGAUUUUUAAAAUUACUGCAACUUGAAGACUAACCAGACUCAAAGACUUUUGAAGGACUCCUUGUAGCACUUCCAGGAUUUUCCAGGAACAUUUUGACUAAAGUUUGCAUUUUGUUAAAGGACCUUUUUUUAACUUUUAGAGAACUUUCAAAUGGCUUUCACAUGCAUACCAACACCACCAAGAACCUCUUAAUACCACUUAUUAAAGACUUUUGACUGUAUCAGUGACUCUGAGAACUUAUGGCACAUGAUCUGAAAACACACUCAUAAACUUGUAUUCCUGAAAAGCUGUGUGUUAUUAAUGUGUAAACUGAAGUAUAAAUGUAUAUUUAUGUGACAUAACAUUAUAUAAUGAAACUAUGUUAUUUAACGGCUAUAUGACUUUUUUUGACAAACAAUGUGCAUCGUUUUGAGGUACAAUCGUUGGCUAUAUGACAUCACAAAAAUAUGCUGGAACAUUGUUGGCGUUGGUUAUUUCUAAUAAUCAUUUUUGAGAGUUGAACUUAACUCAAGAUGAGCAAUAAAUAGUUUGUAUAUCUGGGAUUAAAUUUCAUUCAUAUGCUGCUGGUAUGUUAAACAGAUUGUACUCUAAAAUCUUCUCCUAAUCCUUGCCAGUUCCAACCAAUAAACGUCGUAGAAGUUUCCACCGUGACUUUCCGGUGAGCUGCAGAUAUAUUUUAAUAGCAAAUCAAUGCUGUAUUAUCCUUUUGUGGCUGGUGGAGAGAAUUCACUCGCCUUUAAGUGGAACUUCCUCUCUGUCUGAUCCCAUAGCUCACAUAAACCUA